AUGGCCCGGCUGCUGGGCACCCUGCGCAGCUCCCAGCCCGUGGCGCGCUUCCAGCGCUCCUGCGGGCUCUUCCCCACCGGCGAGGAGGGCGGCGGCAGCAGCGACCCCGCGGACGGGUCCCGGGACCGCGGCGCCUGCAAUGGGGCGGCCGCGCUGCGCUGCCGAGCAGCCGCCGGGCGCGGCCCCCCCGGCGGGGAGCAGAGCGGCCCCGGCCCGCAGGGCUGCACACAGAAGUAUAUUGUGAAGAACUACUUCUACUACUACUUGUUCAGGUUUUCAGCUGCUUUGGGUGAAGAGAUUUUUUAUAUCACUUUCCUUCCAUUUACCUACUGGAAUAUUGAUCACUCCGUAUCUAGAAGAAUGAUAAUUGUUUGGUCUAUAGUGAUGUACAUAGGCCAGGUCUCCAAGGACAUCCUGAAGUGGCCUCGGCCUCUCUCACCACCUGUUGUCAAGCUGGAAAUGAGGACGAACGCAGAGUAUGGGAUGCCUUCCACCCACGCCAUGGCAGCCACAGCCAUCUCCUUCUCCUUUUUCAUUGCAACCAUGAACCAGUACAAGUAUCCAUUUGAACUCGGCCUGGUAGCAGCGUUUGUGUUUUCGACCCUGGUGUGUCUCAGCAGGCUCUACACAGGGAUGCACACAGUCCUGGAUGUGAUCGGCGGAGCACUGAUCUCGGCCGUGCUGCUCAUGCUCUUGUAUCCUGCGUGGGACACGAUAGAUCACUUGCUGUUAACUAGUCCCUUCUGCCCACUGCUUUCCAUAGUUGUGCCUCUUGUCUUAUGUUACAACUACCCCAAACUAGACUAUUACAGCCCUACUAGGGGAGACACCACUACUAUCUUAGGAGCAACAGCUGGAGCAACUGUGGGAUUUUGGUUAAACAACCAGUACGCUGCACCAGUCUAUGCCAGCAAAAGUUUGGAGCUUGGAUUUCCUCUGAUCAUCAGCAAAUUGGUGGUUGUGCUAGCCAGGUUCUUUGUAGGCAUCUUAGUUGUUCUACUGACGCGCUGGCUCAUGAAGAGCACGGUCCUUGGUGUGCUGGGUUAUCGGUACAAGUUUCCCAUUCGUGACCUGGAAGCCCGGAGACGACUGGAAGUUGAAGUGCCCUAUAAGUUUAUCACGUACUCCUCAGUUGGCUUCGUGGCUACUGUGAUUGUGCCGCUGCUGCACGAGCUGUUGGGGCUGAAGUGAGCUCAGCACCUUCCUCACUGAGCGACGGGCGGCACCACCACUUCAGAGACGUGAGAACUCCAUCAAGGCUGGUAACUUGACCAAAAACUGUUUUGUGCCUUUCUGCACUGGUGUGGUGGGUUAACUCUGGCUGGAUGCGAGGGGCUCACCAAAGCCGCUCUAUCACUCCUCAGUUGGGCAGGGGAGAGAAAAUAUAACAAGAGGGUCAUCGGUUGAGAUAAGGACAGGGAGAGAUCUCCCAGCACUUACAGUCACAGGCAAAAUGGUCACGACUUGGGGAAAUUAGUUUAAUUUAUUACCAAACUAAUCAGAGUAGGAAAAUGAGAAAUAAAACCAAAUAUUAAAAACACCUUCCACCUACCCCUCCCUUCUUCCUAGGCUCAACUUCGCCCCCGAAUUCUCUACAUCCUCCCACCCACCGUCACAGGGGGAUGGGGAAUGGAGGUUACAGUCAGUUCAUUACAUGCUGUUUCUGCUGCUCCUUCCUCCUUGGGGUUCGGACUCCUCACACCCCUCCUCUGCUUCAGUAUGGGGUCCUUCCCAUAGAAGACACCUCUCCAAAAACUUCUCCAAUGUGAGUCCUUCCUGUGGGCUGCAGUUCUUCAUUAACUGCUCCAGUGUAGGCUUCCCACAGGGUUGCAGCCUCAUUAGGGCAUCCCCCUGCUCCCAUGUGGGAUCUCCACAAGCUGCAGGUGGGUCUCUGCUCCACUAUGGACUUCCAUGAGCUGUAGAGGGACAGCUGCCUCGUGUGGUCUGCGCCACAAGCUGCAGUGAAAUCUCUGCUCUGGCACCCAGAGCACCUCUUACUCCUCCUUCUUCAGUGAUCUUGGUGUCUGCAGAGUUGUUCCUCUCCCAUAUCUGCAAUCCUCUCUCUGGCUGCAGUUGCACAGGUUUUUUCCCCCCUUCUUAACUGUGUUAUCUCGGAGGUGUUGCCACUGUUACUGAGGGGCUCAGCCUUGUCCAGCAGUGGAUCUAUCUUGGAGCUGGCUGGCACUGGUUCUGUUGGACACAGGGGAAGCUUCUGGCACAUUCUUAGAGAAGCCACCCCUCACUACCAUGACCUUGCCACACAAACCCCAACUGGCUGACUUGGAGGAGUCAUGGGAAUUGCUGGGCACAGAUAACUUUGGGUGAGAAAUCGCUGCCCCCACUGUGUCCUAUAACUAGAGAGCCUUGGUCCAGAUGGCUAAAGAUGACAAGCACAAAGCCAAAAUCCCUCCCAGAGUGGCAGCAGUGGCUAGUUUGCCAUGGGGUUGGGGGUGCCAGGGAGUGUGGUUGUGCUGCUCCCUGCCCAGCUGUGGGCCUGUUCCUGCUGAAGCAGUAGAGCAAGCCAAGGAAGGGCUCAGGUUUGGGGUAUGGGAGAACAAGUGACUGGUGGUGUGGGAGAAGGACAACCAUCCAAGAGGGAAGUGCCAUCAUCAGGCAGAGCUCACAGUGUCUUCUGAUGGCACUGCCAGAGCUGGCUAGUUCUUUGUGGAUGCUUUUACCCAUUACAGUUCAAAAAAACCCCCUAAACAUAAAAAACAAGGAAAAUCUAACACAAAACAUUUUAUGUGAUUUGUAACAAAUUUAUCUUGGAUAUUAGUAAGAAAGCCUCCACUAAGAGAUCAUUUGCCCACAUACAACUGAGCAGAGUUAUUACCACAACACUGAUGUUUGUGUUCAAACUGUUUAACUCAGAUUAAUCUCCCCUGUCUAAAAGACAGGGAAAAGUCCUUCCUGUCAUGCAGGGAUGACAAGUAGUGUCCAUAAACUGCGUUGUGGAAGGAGCUGAGUAGUGACUCCAGUGACUGCAACGUGUGGCAAUAAUAGGAUGCUAUCAUUUUCUAGUGCUGCACAGCAUCACAGUUGGUCUUCCAUGCAUCCUGCAAUACUGUUUGUACAUUUGUAGAAUAGCAGGUUAGGAGUGUUCAUGGGAGGGUCAUCCCUAUCACUCAUGCUGCUUAUUUAAAAAAAUAUAUAUCAGCAGUUGGACCAAUGAGCUGUUGAGAAAUACAGCGGUGAAUGUGGUCUGCUUGGCUAGAAAAAUAUUACCAUGCUAUCGCUGCAGAGCUUCAAGCAUGGCCCCCGUGCCUUUCCUGGCAGAACGUACAGUGAGAGCCAGCUUUUUAACCAUGUACACUUGUCUUCCUGGCUGCAAGGAAAAUGAACCUGAAGAAUGUAAAGGAAGUUCUUUGCCAUCAGUUGACUGCUUGGAUAAACGUAAUCAAGUUCCAAAAUGGUGCCUGGGAGUUCUUCUGAGGAGUGGGAGGCAUGCACAUGAAAGGGCUGUGCCACUGUAAAACCCAGGAUGUCCGUCUCCAGAAGAAAUGCAGGCAGAAAUUUUAACCACUUUUAGAUUUGUUCAGGCUGUGGAUAAACUGUUUUAUAUCGGGUUGUGUGGACUUCACAUGCGCAUGCCAACAGCUUCAAUGAGCCUUCCAGCACGGCACAUGCCCAGUCACACUUGCCCUUGGGUGAGUGCUGGACUCUGGCCAUCAAAACCAUGGGGUUCCAUCCUCACUCUCUCUCCCUCCCACACACCACAAAGGCGCUGCCAUCAGGCUUUAAAACACCUUUAAAACCCCAGUGUUAAGAGUGCUGAGUGAUGUACAGCUGCUGCGCAGGGCUGCAGCCCUGUGGAGGGGCCAUAUCACAGUGGAUGGGACCAAAACUGAGAAAAAACUUGGCAGCAAGCUGAGUGUUUAAUCUGGGGAGUGGAAUCAGUCCCAAGAAAGGCAUAGUUUGACAGGGACAUUCAUGCAGCUUUAUGUGUAAAAAUUCUGUUUUGAUUCACAGCUAUUUUGAGCUACAAAGAUUUUAUAAAUUAUAUAUAAAUGCUGCACAGGUAUUUUUAUAGUAUUAACCUGCAUGUGAUUCGUGAAAUAAAUGCAAACUGUAUUUGGUUCAAAUUUUAAAAUAUACCUAUUUUGCAGA